GCUGUACCACCAAUGAAUAUUGAAACGACACCAACUCUAAUAAAUAACCUUAUUUGCAUAACUCUACAAUCGUCGGAGCUUAUUUCAACCUUGGAACAUUAAUUUUAACCUUUUAAUGAUUCUUUGGCGGCUGAUUGCAACAUCAUGAAUUAUCAACGAUCAUUCUGGCGGAUAGCCCUGCGAACGUUACCGACAACGACGAGACACACCAUCCGCCGCUUCUCUCAAUUCCCGACUGGCCCCAUUCAGGCCCCCCAGGGGGCUAUUCCCUUACCAUAUAUCACAGAAGUUACAUCCGGUGGUUGGAGGACAUACGACAUAUUCUCCAAGUUACUACAAGAAAGAAUAAUAUGUCUGAACGGACCUAUAGACGACACGGUGUCCGCCUCGAUCGUUGCGCAGCUACUCUGGCUAGAAUCCGAUAAUCCGGAUAAGCCGAUAACUAUGUACAUCCAUUCACCGGGUGGCUCCGUAACUGCCGGUCUUUCCAUCUACGAUACGAUGUCCUAUAUUCGCUCGCCUGUAUCAACGGUGUGCUUGGGCCAGGCGGCCUCGAUGGGCUCACUACUUCUCACAGGGGGUGAAAAAGGGAAACGAUUUGCCCUACCACAUAGCAGCAUCAUGAUUCACCAACCCCUGGGUGGAACGCAGGGUCCAGCGAGCGACAUCUUGAUUUAUGCGAACCAGAUACAGCGUACGCGCGACCAGGUCAACGAGAUCUACCGGAAACAUCUCAAUGCGGCAUUUGAUCACGAGAAGUAUAGCCUUAGAGAUAUUGAGGACAUGAUGGAGCGCGACAAAUAUUUAACCGCAGAAGAAGCAAAAGAUAUGGGCAUCGUAGAUGAAAUCCUUACUAAGAGAGACAGUAAGAAACCUACGAACGAAGAGACCAGCAACAAGACCAGCAACAGCACCAACACUAGCACAUAAAAUGAACUCAUCGAC